AAGAAAUAGAUAAACAGAGAAGAUUGGAAAGCAAGAUGGAAAUGUCAUUAUUAAGAAAUAAACUAUUCUUGAGAAACGUAUACUGUUGAGGAUUAUCAACCUCAACACAGAUCAACCCUCUCAUCUACAAAUUCCAUUAACUAAACCUGGGCUAGUUGGUCGAGGAAAGGAAGAAGAGGUUACAGACAUGAUUUCACGUCCGUUUCCUGCUCAAAAAUCAGUUUUUAACUAUGUUCUAGCUCAUUCAAGAACCACUAUUCCAAACCCAAUUCCUAAAAUCCUUCCUUGUUCACUCUCUACAGCAUUUCCUUCUUCUUCAAUAUCAUCACAAAAUUCUGAUUCCACGUACAAAUUGACCCACAAAGACUGGUUAUCUCCAAAUGAAGUCAUAAAGAUCUUUGAAAAUCUGAAAGAUCCAAAUUCAAUAAUCUCAGUAUGGAACCAAUACUCAAAGAGGAAAGACUAUAAACCCAAUGAAGCCCUUUACACUCAGGUCAUAAACAAGCUUGCACAAGCCAAAAACUUUGAUGCUAUUGAAGACAUAAUGCAAAAAAUCAAACUUGACAAGUCAUGUCGUUUAUCAAACGAUUUCUUUCACAAUGUGAUCAAGAUUUAUGGCCAAUUAGCGGGUCGAAUCAAGAAAGCAAUGGAGACCCUUCUUGAUAUGCCAAAAGGGUACAAUCGUUGGCCUAAUGUGAAAAGUUUCAAUCUUGUAUUGAACUUGCUUGUGUCUGCAAAAGUUUUUGAUGUAGUUCAUGAGGUGUAUUUGCAAGCUCCUAUGUUGGGUAUAGAGAUUGAUGUUUGUUCUCUUAAUAUUCUCAUUAAGGGGUUAUGUGAGAAUGGGGAUUUGGAGGCUGCAUUCAAGGUGCUUGAUGAAUUUCCUGAACAAAGGUGUGAGCCCAAUGUGAGAACGUUUUCGACUCUAAUGCAUGGGUUAUGCAAGAAAGGGAAGGUGGAGGAGGCAUUUGGUUUGCUGGAGAGGAUGGAAAAGGAGGGUAUUGAAGCGGAUACGAUCACUUUCAAUAUCUUGAUUUCUGGGCUAAGAAAGCAGGGCAAAGUUGUGGAGGGGCUGGAGUUGUUGGAGAGAAUGAAUAUUAAAGGGUGUGAACCAAAUGCAGGGUCUUAUCAAGAGAUAUUGUAUGGUUUGCUUGAUGCAGAGAAGUACGUUGAGGGAAAAGAAUUUAUGGUUAGGAUGAUUGGGCAGGGAGUUGAUCCUAGUUUUGUUUCCUACAAGAAGUUGAUUCAUGGACUUUGCAAGGAAAGGUUGCUAAGGGAUUUGGAUUGGGUUUUGAAGCAAAUGGCAAGGCAAGGUUUUGUUCCCAAGAUGGGAAUGUGGGUGCAGAUGGUUCAAAGUGUGGUUUCCGUCAGUUGGAGUUUCAACCAUGUUUCUCUGAGCGAAAUUGUUAAUUGCGAGAAUAUUUGAUUCUCACAUUGGUUGUUACGGGAGGGGCAGUGACUUUGACGGCAAGCGUUGCACAUUUAAUCUCAACUAUAAGAUGGAAGAAUAUGAGCCAUGCUCUGUCUGAUUGUCUAUUAACUGGCAAUGGAAGUGGAGCGGAGUUGGCUGUGAGGACAAGCUUUGUACAUCUUGUGGUGACCAUUAUGGAAGCAGCAAGUGCGAGUUUUGGUUGAUGGCCUUCGAUCAGAAACUCUUCUAACAAAAACAUGAAUGCGGAUCAAAGGAUUUACUUUCUGUAGAAUCCCUGCGCCUGAUCAGCUACAUGGGGGCAUCAAUUAACAGAAUUUCCUGCAAUCAACGAGUUUGCAACGCUUGAAUGUGGUACAUGAUAUUGGGAUAUUGCUUCAUUCUCCUGUUGAUUUAACUUGCAGAUAGAAGCUGAAAAUUUGAGUUUCCUCAUUAUUUUACGGGGCCUUAUGUAGACAUUGUAGCUCUUUUUGUCUGCUUAAAUUUGCUAAUGGAUUGAAAUAUUAGAUAUAGGAGUCUGAUGUCUAAUUUAGUUGUUUGGUCUCUUACUUUGAUCUGUACACUUACAAGAAAGAAGUCAAGCAAAUGAGAGUUUAUUUAUAUACC